CUUAGAAACACAUCUUCAAGUCUUAAGCAGAAGCCUAAUUGUGGCAGAAUGUCAAAAAGAUUUUCAGCCAUCCAGGGAGCAAGUUCUGAUCCAGAAAUUUUGAAAAUAUUGAGAGAGUGUGAAGAACAUAAGUCAAUACUGGAAAAAUAUGAGCGCCAUGUGGCAGAAAUUCAGGGUAACAUCAAGGUUUUAACAGCUGAAAGAGACAAAAUUGUCAAUCUUUAUGAACGGGCACAGGAAGAGAUAUCUCGCCUUCGUCGGGAAGUUAUCAAAUGCCCCAAGAGUACUAAAAACCCGGUGACAGCUCAAGCUAUCCUAAGGCGUGUGGAGACAGAAAGGGAUACGGCGCUGUCUGAUUUCCGAAGAAUGACUACGGAACGCGACAGCCUCAGGGAGCAGUUAAAGAUUUCUCAAGAGAUUGCAUUUAACGAGAAGGCUCACUUGGAACAGAGAAUUGAAGAGCUGGAAACAACAGUUCAGAAUCUAGAUAGGGAACGGCUAGAACAAAUGUCCAGACUGGCGUUAAUGAAAGACACUGUGGAGUCUUUGGAAACAGAGAUGAAAACGUUGUCAGGAAGAGCACUAGACUUGGAAACGGAAUUGAGCCGACAGAAAGUUGAAUAUGUCUCACUUAGUUUAUUGAAAGAAAAGACAGAACAGAGUCUUUCAGAGUCUCAGCAAAGUCUUGCUAAGAAAAAAUAUGAAUUACAACUUACCCAAGAAAAAAUUAUGCUUUUGGAUGAAAAAAUUGAUAACUUUUCAAAACAAAGUCUUAUACAAGAAGAGGAAAUUGGUGCUUUGAAAGCAACAAUUGCACAACUUGAUAAAGAAAAGGAAACUUUGCAAGACUGUGUCAAAGAAGGAAAAAAAAUGAUCGCUGCUCUUGAAGAAAGCCUGACAAUUAAAGAAAAAAACAUUUCAGAUUUCAAGAUUCUGAUUUCCGAAAUGGAGCGUUCUGCAAAAAAAUCUGCUGAAGCUCUCUGUAUCUGUGAGCAAGAUAUCACCAGUUUGCACCGACAGCUAGAAGAAGCCAAUGAUGAACUUGCACAGAGUAAGAAGAACAGAGAAUCACUAGCUCAGGAGAAUGACAGGUUACAAGAGCAUCUUUCUAAUAUUAAGCAGGAAAAUCAGGUGCUAUAUAAAAAACUAGCAAAGUACCAAAAUGAGCUUGAUGAUGUGAAGUUGAAAGUCCAGGAUUCAAACAAAGAUAUUGUCAGGCUGAAGGGUAUGCUGAAGUCUAAAGAGAGAGAGAACUGCGAGCUUUUGGAGAAAUACCACAAAGCCUGUGAAGAAGGAGAAAGCUGGGAAACCAAAUGCCAUCAAGCAGAAGCCGAUUGUAGCUCUGUUAGACUGGCGUUAAUCAGUGCAGAAUCUGAGAACCGCAGGUUGAAAGAAAGAAUUGAGUCCCUUGAAAUAGAUAUGGAACAAAAUUUAACAACAGAAAAAGCAUACAAGGCUCAGAUUUCUACCUUGAAAAUGACUCUUCUGAAAAUGGAAGGAGAGCUUCAAAACUUACAGCGGGAGAAAGUCUCUAUCCUUGCAGAUCUCAAAUCUACACAAGAACUUUGUAUUAAAUUGGAUGCUGGCAAAGAACUAUUAACCCAGGAGUUAACAUCCAGAGCAGAGGAAGUAGAAAGGCUGCAGAAUGAUUGUGAGUCAUCCCAUUCUGAAAUAGAGCUCCUCAGGAAACAACUGACAAAUGAAAGAGCAUCUCUGAAAAACCUGGAAUCUUUGCUUGUGUCCAGUCGAGAGAAAGAAUUGCAAUCACAGAUAGCAGAGCAAGAAAGAGACACUGAAAUUCAGCUUCUCAAGGAACAGCUUGUUUUAGCAGAGAAUAAGCUUGCUGUGCAAAGUCGAGAUUUUACUCAGCUCAGAAAUACAACAGCUCAGCUAGAGUCAGAACUUGAUAUCACCAAAAGACAACUGGGAACUGAGCGCUUUGAAAGGGAACGUGCUGUACAGGAGCUUCGACUCCAGAAUCUUACAACAUCCUAUCAGUUUAGCUCCACAUUAAGAGCAUCAUCACCUGAACGUUGCCACCAUCGAUCUCCUGACUGGUCUCUGGACCGAUCCGUAGAAGGGGAUUCUUCUUUCAAAGACUUUUGA